CUCCCUCAUCUGUUCCAAGUGCUGCUCGAACAGCUCGGCUCGUUAUUCUCUUCAGUUUUUCGCCAAGAGCAAGUGUUGGCAGACGUAUCAGCUCGACGGUCCAGCAGCCACUUUCCAAGUCCGUCUCAUCGUAAUUCUUAUCUGUUGCCUUAAUUACCCCAGUAGUAGUUGUUUUCUUCCUAGAACGAGCCUUCAUUUUCUUGAGCAGAAAAUAACUAUAACACAUGUUGAUGUAAGAAGACUCUUGGGAUUGGUCGACUCGCAGAGAAAUUUCAGAGCAAAAUAGCGGGUGUUUCAGCGCCGGAGGCGAGUAGUUCCUUGCCAAUGUACCGUACUUGUUUUUUGUUUUCGUUGGAAAUGAGAAAAGAAUUCCUCCGGUUCUUUCUUUAGUCGACUUUGUGCGGGUUGGAAUAGUUGACGUCGAUAACACCCUCAUCACCGUUCCCACUCGUCGAUACGAUACGGGACUCGGGCAGUGUCUCCUUACUCGUUAAUUAGGUAUUGAUUUUCGCCUUGAAUUAUUUUCGCCACGUUGGAAAGCUCGUCUCUCUCUCUCUCAAAGCAAACAAACAAACCAACGCGUUGCUUUGCUCUCGUUUUCAUCUAGUCCAGCCCCGGCUAGCUAGUAGCUAGCUCAAAGAGGUCAAGGGGCUGUGCUGUGCUGUCUAAUAAGUCUUCGCUUGAAUUGCGUCUCUCUCCUUCAUUCGAGACGACACUCGAUCAAGUGUCGCUACGUGCAUUUCGUUUGUGUUGCGAUCGUUACGGGCCGAUUUGAACGUUACACAGCGCCGGCUCAUUGCCAACUUUGCAUUUUUUUUGUUUUCCAAAGGAAAGAAGAUUGACGAACUUGAACUAUACCCCCCCCCCCCCCUCCAUUGUGUGUUCAUUAAUCUCCCGACACGUUCAUUAGCCUUCGUGAAAAACAAGUGAUUGUGAAUUAUUUUAUUUACCCAUCACCACAGCAGUUGGGUCAAAACCAAAACCGUUUUCUCAGCUCUUUCUCCUAUACAUAGUUGUUUAUUUCACCGCUAGAUGUCGCUUCUGGUCGUCUAGAGAACAAAUUCAGAGGAUAACAAAUCCCAAACGCAAACUAAAUCAAUGACCAUAGCUGGUGUGUCGCUGAUUAUUAUUAUUCCGUCGUGUCAAACUCUCAUAGCUCUCGCGGCGAGUAGUUGCGAGUUCAUUUUCAAUUUCUGACCGAAUUUUUGGUAAAAGUCAAAAUCUCAGAAAGAUGGAAAAACAAUUUUCAAGUGACGGAUUUCGCAAGUAUCCAUCGUUACGUGAUCACCCACUCAAGACGGCCGCCCAGUGGUUGGCUGGGCGGGCGUUGGACGACGGUCACGACCAGCUGUGGCGUGUCGGCGACAAUCUUUACGACCUGUCGGCCUUCGUUGCAACUCAUCCGGGCGGGAGCGAGUGGCUGGAAGUGACGCGCGGAAUGGACAUCACCGAAGCCUUCGAGUACUCCCACUUGAGUCCCCACGUCCGCACUGUUUUGGCCAAGUAUUACGUCCGGCCGGCCGGAGUCGCCCGCAACUCGCCGUACACUUUCGAGCCGGACGGUUUUUACAUGACGCUCAAACAGCGCGUCCACCGCCACCUUUCCACUCGGGUGAGCCGGGAGGAGAAGGAGGCGGCCCACAGGAGGAUCACCACCAUCCAGGAUCGAAUCGUCGCCACUUUCUUCCUGCUGCUGAUAGCCACGGCCUGGACCGAAUCCUACGCGUCGGCCGUCCUGGCCGGCCUCGUCCUCAUGCUCAACAUCAACUGCUCGCACAAUUUCUACCACAAGAAGAACAACUGGCGCAUGUACUGCUGGGAUCUGGGUCUCCUCUCCUCCUACGAGUGGCGCAUCACUCACGCCCUCAGUCACCAUGGUUACACCAACACCUUGUGGGAUUUCGAACUCUCCGAUUUCGAACCUUUCGCCGACUUUCGGGUCCACCCCAAGAGCUUCUUCAAGCGCUAUGUAAUCCCGCUGAGUGUACUCACGUCGUCGUUCAUCUUCUUCUUCGCCGAGGCCGUCAAACGGAUCAUCACCAUAGCCAUUGGCCAGCAGCGGUUGCGUCCGGAGAACUUGUUGCCGUUGGCUGAAUUGAUUUUCCUUUGCUUGCUGGGCUGCCCGUUCGUCCAGGCCGUCAAAUUGUGGCUGGUUGUCCACGGGGUGAGCAGUUACAUGUUCGGUGUUGUCGGCAUCAUCGCCGCCCAUCACCAUCCGGACAUGUACCACCCCGGAGACGGCCCGUUCCAGUACGGCAACGACUGGGGACUAGGCCAGUUGGACGCCGUUCGCGAUCGCAGAGAUGUGGAAGGCGUUCUGCUGGCGGAAUUGACCAUGUACGGCAACCACAUCCUCCAUCAUCUUUUCCCGACGCUGGAUCAUGGCAUGCUGGACCUCAUCCGGCCCGUCUUCAAGCAAACGUGCCUCGAUUUCAAAUUGCCCGCCGAGUGGGCCCAGCCAACCAGCCCCUACAAUCAGUGGGAUCUCUUUUGGGGAGUGUUCCAGCAGCUGGCCCGCACCCAACCUCGCCCUCUUUCCCGUUCUAAAUCAGAUUGAUCCUCACACACAGCCCUUCCAGAUUUAUUUGUACAAGAUGUUUUUUUUUUCUCUUGUUGGAUUAUUUACUUUAUUAGCAGAUUCGAAAUAUAUAAAAGACUUGAACAGCUAA